UGCGCAGAAGCUCGCGCACCCCCGCGGUUUCCUAGGAGACGUAACACACAAGACGCCGGAGCUUCACAAGGGAGCUAAGGAGGGUGUUCAUAAGAAUGGAAGCACUAUUUCCUUGCCAGAUUCCUUCCUGCUGUGUCCCAUGAAUCUCCAUAACCGUGGGGAAGAGCCUGUGCUCCAUGCUGACACACUCGUCACCAGUGUAGCAACACCAGUGCAAGGGAAAAAGACAAAAAUAAAGAAGUCUUUACAUUUAUAUUCAACAAAGGAGUCAUCUCCAUCAACAACUUCUGCUGUGUUAGUUUUCCAAGAUGAACCGAUACACGACCAUGCGACAGUUGGGGGACGGCACGUACGGCAGUGUCCUGAUGGGCAAGAGUAACGAGUCUGGGGAGCUGGUGGCCAUCAAAAGGAUGAAGAGAAAGUUCUAUUCUUGGGAUGAAUGUAUGAACCUGAGAGAAGUUAAGUCUCUGAAGAAGCUCAACCACGCCAACGUGAUCAAACUUAAAGAAGUUAUCAGAGAAAAUGACCAUCUCUAUUUUAUAUUUGAAUAUAUGAAAGAAAACCUCUAUCAAUUAAUGAAAGACAGAAACAAGCUGUUCCCUGAGUCAGUCAUAAGAAAUAUUAUGUAUCAAAUAUUACAAGGACUGGCAUUCAUCCAUAAACAUGGAUUUUUUCAUAGGGAUAUGAAACCAGAAAACUUGCUUUGCAUGGGUCCAGAACUUGUAAAAAUCGCGGAUUUUGGACUUGCAAGAGAAUUAAGAUCUCAGCCACCAUAUACUGAUUAUGUAUCCACCAGAUGGUAUCGUGCUCCUGAAGUUUUAUUACGAUCUUCAGUUUAUAGCUCUCCCAUUGAUGUGUGGGCUGUAGGGAGUAUAAUGGCUGAACUAUAUACAUUAAGACCACUUUUCCCAGGGACAAGUGAGGUCGACGAAAUCUUUAAGAUUUGCCAAGUUUUAGGGACUCCCAAAAAAAGUGACUGGCCAGAAGGGCACCAGCUUGCAUCCUCAAUGAACUUCCGCUUUCCCCAGUGUGUUCCUAUAAACUUAAAGACUCUUAUUCCCAAUGCCAGUCAUGAGGCUAUUCAGCUAAUGAUGGAAAUGUUGAACUGGGAUCCAAAGAAGCGGCCAACAGCAAGCCAGGCACUGAAACACCCAUAUUUUCAAGUUGGUCAAGUAUUAGGUCCCUCCUCACAUCAUCUGGAAUUGAAACCAUCUUUAAAUAGCAAGCAGGUGCAGCCACCAGAAUCGAAGCCGUCCAUGGUUGAUCUAGAGCCUAAGCCUCUGCCGGACAUAAAUGAUCAGACUGUCAGACAGCCCCCGAUGAAAAAUAGCCACCAGCCACUGCAGUCCAUCCAGCUGCUGCAGAACACAGGUGUCCCGCCAGCGCCAAGGCAGCAGAAUCAGCAGAAACAGCCGCAGAUGCUAUUUCCAAGCAUCGUCAAAAACAUGCCAGCCAAGCCAAAUGGCACACUGGGUCACAAAAGUGCUAGGAGGCGUUGGGGUCAGAUGGUGUUCAAGUCUGGAGACAGCUGGGAAGAGUUUGAGGACUAUGACCUUGGAGCCUCCCAUUCCAAGAAGCCAAGCAUGGAUGUAUUCAAAGACAGGAAAAAAGAUUCUCCAUUCUGGCUUACAGAGUCGGUGCCCUCAGCCUCCCACCACUCAGCAGGGGAAAACAAGAGCUUCCCCGCUGCCGUUUCCCUGAAAUCGGAUUCAGAACUGUCAACUGCUUCCACCGCUAAGCAGUACUACUUGAAGCAAUCAAGAUACCUUCCAGGUGUAAAUCCCAAGAAUGUGUCCUUGGUGACCAGUGGAAAGGAUACUAACCCAUAUACUUGGAGUAAUCAGUUAUUUCCUAAGUCACUGGGACCCAUGGGGGCAGAACUUGCUUUCAAAAGGAGUAAUGCAGAGGAAAGCAUAAUUAAACCAAUUGAAAAACUAUCAUGCAAUGAAAGUUUUCCUGAAAAAUUAGAGGACCCACAAGGAAAUCUUGGAAGUUACGCUACUUACAAUCAGUCAGGAUAUAUCCCUUCCUUUCUCAAAAAAGAAGUGGGGUCAGCUGGCCAGAGGAUACACUUAGCACCUCUCGGAGCAACAGCUUCAGAUGUUCCUGCAGAUGGUGAUAGGAGGAAAGAAUAUUCCUGGAACACAAAACCCAGUCGGGGGCAGUUUUCAGGACCUACUUACAAUCCUACGGCCAAGAAUCUCAAUAUUGUGACCCGUGCACAGCCGGUCCCCUCAGUGCACGGAAGAACGGACUGGGUGGCCAAGUAUGGAGGCCACCGGUAGGCGUCUGGUGCGAAGCCCCGCAGCAUGGCGCCAUGGCCCCCACGAAUCCCCUGACCCUGGGAAGUGUCUACAGACCUCUAUUUCUACGGAGUUCUGGAAGAAAUACACAGUAGUGGGUACUCUGAAGAGCAAAAAUCAUCUCCUAUUUUAUUUCUUUCCUAGAAAUGAAAUCCAAUUGCUUAGCAUUAAUUGCCCACAGUGCUGAUAUAUGGGUAGGACUUUACAAAGUAUUGAAUAAACUAUUUGCCAAAGUAUCAAGUAUUCGACCUACAGAUUACUAGUUACGAAGUAUGAUAAGACACGUUCUAAAAACGGCCUCCAUGAGUAAGUGUUUAGAGUGUUUUUAUUUUCAUCGGUUAUUUGCCUAAACUAAUAUUUUGAUAGGCCUCAGAGGCGGGUUAUUAUUAUUAUUUUUUUAAUAGCAGCCCUCUGUGGUCUGUCAGUUACAGCUCUUACUGGGCUAAGGCUCUACCUUACCAGUUUGGCAAUGGCAGAAGAUGUUCCUUUAUCAUCUGUUUUUCUACUUUGAAAUUAUGGAAGCAAUGGUAAUUCCAAUCUUGAGCAGGGUGUCUUUCUUAGGAAUAAAUUUAACUUUAACAUAAAGAUUUCCAAAGUAUGCCACCUGAUUUUAGUGGAGAAAGAGUCUGUUGUUCAGUUUUGACCUGCACAGCUCCUGUGGAUUCGCGGUGACUAUCGAACUCGAAGGCUGAUGCCACAGAUCAACCAAGUCAAGGUUCUGAUCUUCAUGUCAUUAAGAGAGUCCUUGAAACUGGGAUGUUUGUUCAUCAGACUUUCAAAAUACCUUGUUUCCAUGUUCCUACCAGACACAAAGAUGAGGUAUGCCAGCUGGCCCCCCAAGCAAACUCUUGCUGCGCUGCAGAUCACUGACCUGGCUCUGACCUUGACAAAUGCCAUUCAGUUGCUAGAGCAGUGAUUUGCUUAGUAUAAAAAUUUUUUUUCUUAGUUCUCUUUCUAAACUGGUACAUAAAAUAGACAUCUUGAACUUGGGACUAUAUUUAAAUUUGCCAUUUUACAGACUGAACAUCAAUACUGUAUAUUCUUUUUAAAGAAUGAUACUGUUAUCAACUGCUAUUUUAAUGUAUUUUAUGACUUUGUAACAAAUGCUAAUGUAAUUGGCAUCAUCUUGUGGACAUUUUCCAAAGACAUCAUAAAAUAAUAGUAAUAUGGUAUUUUUGUAUAGAAGAUUCAGCUCACUUCAUUGAAAAAUGUUAAAAUCUGAAGAGUAAUUUAUGUUGAUGGUAAUGGCUAUAUAUAUUUGUACAGUUUUAAUUAACGUCUCAAAGCUAAAAAAAUUACUUUGUGUUGCUGGAAGCUCUUCCACUUCUUGAUAGAUAUUAAAAUUAACAUGAUUAA